AUGGUUUUCGGAUCACUCUCUGUGCAGAACGACAGGGCCAUUCCCUUGUUCGCACCACCAUAUCUCUCCCAAGAACCGUUCUACUUCAGCAACAUGACUGUCGUCUCCAUCUCGUACCGCAUUCAAGCCUCGCAGAUUCAACACCUUGUGCCCCAGGAACUCGAACUGGAAGACCAACCAAUCAUGACUUCCUUAUUUAUCCACUAUGGCACUUCUACCGUGGGCGAAUACAACGAGUACGUCCAUACCGUGCGAGUCAAGUAUAACAACGACAUAUACGACUAUUCGUUAGUUCUCCUUCUCGACAACGACAGCGCCAUCUUCGCUGGGAGAGAAAUAUUUGGCUAUCCCAAGAUCUUUGGUAAAGUCAAUUUUCACCCUUCAUCUGGGUCAAGAGUCAUGAUGGGAAACGCAGAACGUCCUGCAGGAAGGUCCCUGGUCGAGUUCGAGUUUGCGCCAAAGGCGCUUCUGGAUGCUUCGGUGGGAGCAGCGACUCCGCCCAAGGUGCUGAAUCUGCGCGUCAUCCCGAGUACAGACCCAGCUGAGCCUGCGUUGAGAGAAUUUGUGGCUGUUGAUAUGCACUUUGAGUUUAGUGAGAGAUGGAGUGGACAAGGAAGUCUCAAGUUUAACAAAGGAUUUGCAUCGACUCCAUGGGCUGAUCUGGAUGUUGUUUCGUACAUUGGUUCUUGGAUGGGGAAGAGCAACACGGUUCUUGGUAAUGACGUUGAUCGCUUCCCUCUCUGA